AUGCCGGGCGCCUUCCGCUCCCUCCUCCUGCCCCUCCUACGGAAGCGCAAGCCCAAGCGCCGCCGCAGCCGCAGCCACCCAAAGGAGAGCAACAAACCCAAGAACCACCUCGCCGCCGCCGCCGGCGGCGGCGGCGCCGGAGACCCGUCCUUCAGCCUGAAGGCCUCCGCGUCCGCCUCCCCCCGUGACAUCGGCUUCCUCGUGCAGCCGCUCGGCAACCUCCUCCUCUCCGCCUCCCCGGGCGCCAACCUCCGGGACGCGGGGCUCGGCGCGCUCCGCCCGCUCCCGGACGACCUCCUCCUCGACGCGCUCUACGUCGUCGCCGCGCACGACCCGCUCUGGCGCGCGCUCGUCCUCGACGAGCUCGGCGGCGCGUUCGACUUCGCCGGGUCCUGGCGCGCCACCUACCUCGCCGCGGCCUCCGGCGGCCGGCCCCACCUCGUCCCCCCGCGCGCGCUCAGGAUCAGGGGCUUCUACUCCGACUACCUCUUCCAGAGCUGGCUCUGCGCCAACAUGGAGAUGCGGCACGAGUGGCUCGCCCGGGACAACAUCGAGCGCCGCCGCGGCGUGUCCGUCGAGCAGUUCAUCGCCGAGGUCGAGGAGCCCAACAGGCCGGUGCUACUGGAGGGGUGCAUUGAUGGCUGGCCGGCGUUGCAGAAAUGGAGCAGGGAGUACCUGCUGGAGAUCUCGGCGGGCAAGGAGUUUGCGGUCACCGUUGCUGUCUACGUCUUUUGGAAGUCGUGGCCACAAGAGGAGAGUGAACGCUAUCUGGCAGCAGCAAUCCUUUUGUUCAUCCCUGGGAUUCUCAAAUGCAUAUUGAAGCCCUGGGACUUGAAGAGAGUUAGCAUCAAUAGCCUCGUGGACUCAUCUGCAUCAGAAGAAACUGACGCGAUUAAUUCGCUUGAAAACUUCAUACAGAAAGCAAACGAUUAUUUUCAUCCUAGCAACAAUAAUGAAGCAUCUGCUUAG